UCUCUCUCUCUCUCUCUCUCUGAAUCCUUCUCCAUUGCUUCAGAUCCGGGCUGAGAUCAAGCAGAUCUGCGUGAGAGAGGCGAUCGACAGGGGAAGCGGAGGAAGAAUCGAAGAUGAGCGUGAUCGACAUCCUCACUCGGGUCGACGCGAUCUGCAAGAAGUACGAGAAGUACGACGUUGACAAGCUUAACGCCGACAACGUCUCCGGCGAUGACGCCUUCGCCCGCCUCUACGCCUCCGUCGAGGCCGACAUCGAAUCCUCCCUCCAGAAAGCGGAGAUGGCGUCUCAGGAGAAGAACCGGGCAGCGACGGUGGCUUUGAAUGCUGAGAUCCGGCGCACCAAGGCACGGUUGUUGGAGGAGGUCCCUAAGCUGCAGAGAUUGGCCCUCAAGAAGGUAAAAGGGCUCUCGAAGGAAGAACUUGCUACAAGAAACGAUUUGGUACUUGCAUUGCCAGACAGGAUUCAGUCGAUUCCAGAUGGCAGUACAAAUGGAGCAAAACAAAUAGGAAGCUGGAAAGCUUCAGCUUCUCGCACGGAAAUUAGAUUUGAUUCAACUUCAGAUGGAAGAUUCGAGAGUGAGUACUUUCAGCAUACUGAAGAAUCAAGCCAAUUUAGGCAGGAGUAUGAGAUGCGCAAAAUGAAACAGGAUCAAGGCUUAGAUAUAAUAUCUGAAGGUCUGGAUACCCUAAAGAAUAUGGCCCAUGACAUGAAUGAAGAACUGGACAGGCAAGUUCCUCUUAUGGAUGAAAUUGACACUAAGGUCGACAAGGCUACCUCAGACCUGAAAAAUACUAAUGUCAGACUCAAGGAUACUGUCAAUCAGCUAAGAUCCAGUCGCAAUUUUUGCAUUGACAUAAUAUUAUUGUGCAUCAUCCUUGGCAUCGCAGCUUAUCUGUACAAUGUUUUAAAGAAAUGAGACGGUGGUAAAGGAAACGGGUAUCUCCUGUUUGUUGUCCAGCUUGUGUUUUCAAAUGCUAGUGUGGGUGUGUAUUAUUACUGUUUGUUGCCUCAUUUUAUUUAUACUUUGCUCGACUUUUACUGUAUAUUCGCUUUCAGCAGAGACUCUUCUUGUUUGUUGUUGGCACACUA